AUGCAGGCCGAGAUGCAGGACCGAAAUAAUUCCACCGGAGAAGAAUACUACGAUGAGGGCAUGUAUGCGGAGGUCGAGGAGAGCUACAGCAACAAACAUCCGUUGCCGGACGUAAGAUUUUUGAAUUUUUUGUUUGGAUUUUAGGUGAAUUUUGAUUGUAUCUUCAUGAAGAUAGCUUAAGAAAUCCAGAAAUAAGGUCUACCAGCUUUACGGCCUCUGUUCUGGGCUCUUUUUGACUUCUGGCAAACAAUUUUUGUUGAAUUCAGCUAAAGCUAUAUUGUUUUAGUUGAUUUUGUAUGAAAUUCCCCUCGAAUCUUGCUGAAUAUUAAUUUAUUAGCUCGGAAAUGAAGUAGAAAAGCCUUUUUGCAUUGUUACACUCAGGUUUUGCCCAAAUUUUCCUAAAAUCCAAUAGAAAUUAUAUUGCUUUAGGUCCCCGAACAUUGUGCUCCCCCUUCAAAGCCAUUGUCCUUCAUCCUCCAACAAGCCCACGACUGGACGACGCAAGAGCUGACGGGCAUAUUGGCCCCCAGAAACCCUCCUGUUCCUGCUGGAGAAGUCGGCAAAUUCGCGUUUUGUAAUAGAUGCAUCUACGUGAAACUCUACGCAGUUGUGAAAUGGCUGAAGUCGUGGCAGAAGAUCAGUCAUCUCGAAAAGAUCAGUUAUUAUCUCGAUCUCCAUUCUGAGCAGUUUUGGGAGGCCCAUGAAGGUCUGCACGACAUCAGCGAGGACGAACUUCCUUUGAUUGGGUAAGUUGUUUUGGUUAUAUUUUUCUUGACUUUUAGGUUGUCAGUUGAGGAAGAGAAGGUUUGGCAAAUAUUGAUAAUGGCUCUAAACAAGUUUUGUAAAAAUUUUGGGCAUUUUUCGCAACAAUUUUUUGCGUACUAGUAAUUAUACUCCCCGCCAAAAGUUUUGACCCCCCUUCUAACUCGGCCCAAGGUGUACCAAUUUGGACCAAAUUUGGUAAGUAGUUUACUGACAACCCAGUAGUAAAAAAUAUCAUAGUAGGACAAACCAUUUAGCUGUAUUUCAAAAUCCAGAGACAAUUUUUUAAAAUCACCCCCAAAAAAAGAGGACAAAAGUUUUGACCCCCCUUUAAAAAAAGUUAAAUAUCGCCACCGGAUGUAGCCCGAACCUUUCGCAAUCGACGUGCCAUAGCUGAAUACAAGUUAAUAAACGCUUUUCCGUUGAAUGCUUCGUUGCAUUUGAGGAUGCAACGCGUUAAACCCAUUUUGAUGUAGAGCUGCCCAAAAUGGUUAAUAUCUCGCUCUAGCGCUUUCCAAAUGUUCUAAAUUGUGUUUAUAUCAUUUGGUUUUGACUUGUAAUUACCUGCAUUAACCUUCUUCUUUUGAAAAAAGUCCACGAUGGGCUAGCGGUAUCGAUUCGGCCGAUAUCCAGUUAUCACGGUCAGCCUUGGUGAGCCAUUUGCUCUUUGACUAAAGGUCUAGAUGGGGUCGCUAGGUCCUCAAUCUAAUCCUGAGACUUGUGUCUACUCUCAAAACAAGAAUAAACCCCUGCUGACACGAUCUCAUAUGGUUUGCAGAUACAACUUUGCUGAUCUGCGCCUUAACGAAAACCCCGCUUUUUUCAAAUGGAUUUUUUGCAACCAAAAGCGGCUUUCAUUUGAUGGGCCAGGUAAUUUAGGACGCUACAACACCCGCCAUACUCAUUUGAGACGUAUGGAACGCCAAAUGGGCGGUGGGGAUGGCAUCGUACUCGGGGGCAUCUAUAGUAACGGAAAACUUAAGAUUAAGGUGAAUGAAACCCAUUCCAAAAUGUGUCAAAUCGAAACCUUUGUCCAUGCUGAGAGUAAAUAGGAGUCCCAGGAAUAGAUUGAGGACCUAGCGACCACAUCUAUACCUUUAGUCAAGGAGCAGAUGGCUUACCAAGGCUGACAAUGACAACUGGAUAUCGGCCGAAUCGAUACCGCUAGGCCAUCAUGGACUUUUUUCGAAAGAAGAAGGUUAAUGCAGGUAAUUACAAGUCAAAACCAAAUGAUAUAAACACAAUUUAGAACAUUUGGAAAGCGCUAGAGCGAGAUAUUAACCAUUUUGGGCAGCUCUACAUUAAAAUCAGUUUAACGCGCUGCAUCCUCAAAUGCAACGAAGCAUUCAACAAAAAAGCAUUUAUUAACCCAUGUUCAGGUAAGGUACACCGGUUCCAAAAGGUUCUGGUUACCUCCGCUGGCGAUAUUUCAUUUUUUUGCAGGGGGGUCAAAACUUUUGUCCUCUUUUUUUGGGGGUGAUUUUAAAAAAUUGUCUCUGGAUUUUGAAAUACAGCUAAAUGGUUUGUCCUACUAUGAUAUUUUUUACUACUGGGUUGUCAGUAAACUACUUACCAAAUUUGGUCCAAAUUGGUACACCUUGGGCCGAGUUAGAAGGGGGGUCAAAACUUUUGGCGGGGAGUAUAUAUUACACUUGAGUUUUUUUUUUUGGUCCUAUGAGCAAUAUCGCCACUUUUUAUUGUCUCAGAAGCUCAAACUAGCCUUUUUAUAGCGCUAGGAUUCAGGAAUAUGCAAAAGCCAUUUAUUGGGAGCAUCAAAAUAAAUUAUUUUAUAUUAUCCAUGACAUCCAUACAAUGUCUUGGCAUAAAACUCUUACUUUUAAAGUUCCGACCUGCUCAAUUUUAAUAUCUAGUUGCUCUUAAAACCUUUCUCGACCUUGUUGAUAAAUUUUUCAACCGUUUUAAUAUUACUUUUAUUACCUUUUCAGCCUUUCACAUUUUGAUCUCUUGACCGCCAUAGAAGUCCUCACAACUCAUCAUUUCGCCAGAACUCCGCAAUGUAUUUGGGUAAGUCUUUCUUCAUACUAUUUAUUCUUCAUUGUUUAGAAAAGGCAUUGCAAGGAGAAGCUCAGCAAGAACAAUAAAUUGGCCACGAUCCAAAGGCUUGGCGAUCUGCUCACGAACGCUUUGAUCGGCGAUAGCGCCAAACUGAACGCCUGGAUCAACCAUGUCUACAUUCAGAAUGGAAUUGUAAGCUGUGUAGAGUGUUUUUCAAUCAAAACAUUUUGAAUUUAUUCUUAUUUUCGAUGUGAAUUUGCAAAAUCUUUUUGAUGCGUCAAGUGUAAUAUAAUUUUAGCUGCAUUUGACCGCCGAAAACGAGUUUUUCCUCCGCAUGAUUCUCAAAGAUGACGGCGAAGGCGCUCGUUGGCAGAUUUUGACGAUCAAAUCGUUGGUGAAUGACUAUGUGGCGGGCAUUGGACACGAUCUUACCCAUCCCCAGCAUGACAUGGAAGGGCUCGCUGUGUUGGUGCAAGAAAAAAUGGAUGAAAAACCGAAAGAGGUGGGGUGAAUUGAACCUUAUUAGAGAUUUUGGCAAUAGAGAUGGGGAAUUUUGAGGCCACAAAAAAUAGUUAUAUUACUUUAGGCCCUCGAGACCAUGUACAACAUCCUCCACACGUUCAGCCUCCGCCUUCAGCUGGACAUUUUGUACACGCGAACUCGCCAAUUCAUCUAUCACAACCCCACGUUCGCUCAGAUCAAAGAGUACGACAUGAAGAAGGGGCUGUUGGCGUUUUACAUCUGGCCGGAGUGCUCCCAAACUUACCUUGUUAAAGUGACCGCGAAUCGAAAGAACCGCUUCCUGAAGGUCCAACACUUCCCACACUAUCAUAAUCUACCCGAUUUGGAUAUUGAAAAUGGGUAAGGGACUGAUUUUUGGGGAAUUUUCUGGAAAAAAGUUUGAAUUUGAAAUUUCCCGCCAAAAUUGGCAUAGUGUUUUACGGGUUGGAAAUGGCGUAGAAUGGAAGAAUAGGCUGUAGGAGAAGGUUUACAGGGUGUUUUAGUAUUUUUUUAAUCGUUUUGAGGAGUUUAUGGAUAGAUUAUUAUAUUAUCCAUGAGGAUUUUUGAUGACUUUUUUGAAGAAAACAAUUUUUGAUGUAAAAAAUUUGACCCUUUUGUUUGUAGAAAUCUGAAAUGCGACCAAUUCCUGCUGGAGACGGGCUAUCAUCGCGCCGCAAUCCGCAUAAAACAGAUCAAAGAACUGUUGUCCGGCGUUUGGGAACCGAUCCGGUACUUUAAAAAGGUCGGCGACAACCGAAUCAUGCUGAUGUACAGUAUUAUGCCCUUUCAAAACACCCCCAUCAGCGAGAAUAUCUAUAUCACGGUGAAUGUGCUGAGCGGAAAAAUCCAAUGCCAAGUUGGUCGCCUACUACACGAAAAAGACGGCCAUGCCCUGGUCGAGGAGUUUGCCGCCCUUCUGGAACGCGUUUUGGACGAGAAAAUACCAUUUGGAGGCAUCAGACGCCUGUUGGGAAAGAUUCGCCUCAAGAUUUUGAAGGAGAAAUAUCUCGAGGGACUCCAGGGACCUCACACUCACCUUUUGUCCAAGGAUAAUUAUAUGCCAAGCGUGUGGGACAUUACGGAUUUGCCCGAAGAAAAGUUGCUCUUCAAUUUCCAUCAGGACAACAACUUUUAUUUGGUGAGAUUUGGGGGUUUCUGGAUGUUUUUGGGCUGAUUUUUGUCAUGGUGAAUAUAAUUUUUGGAAAUUUUUUGAGGAAAAUUAUGUUGGGGUACAAGAGAAUUUUAUUUUCAUGAGGAUUAUAGCUUUUAUGUUGAAGAUGGAGGAGGUUUGGAAGUAUUUUUUAUGUAAGUUUUGUCAUGGAUAAUAUAAUUUUUGUAAAUUUUCUGAGGAAAAUGAGGCUUAGUUAAAAUUUAAUUGGGUGUUUAUGAUUUUUAGAGCUUUUAUGUUGAGGAUGGAGAAGGUUUUGGGUGGUUUUUUAUUUAAGUUUUGUCAUGGAUAAUAUAAUGUUUGGAAAUUUUUUAAGGAAAAUGAGGCUUAGUUAAAAUGUAAUUGGGUGUUUAUUAGGUUUAGACUUUUUAUUUUGAGGAUUGAGAAGGUUUGGAUGGUUUUUUUAUGUAAAUUUUGUCAUGGAUAAUAUAAUUUUUGAAAAUUUUUUGAGGAAAAUGAUAUUAAUUUACAAUGUAAUUGUAUUUUCAUGAGGAUUAUGGCUUUUAUUUUGAGCAGUGAGGACGUUUGGAUGGGGUUUUUUUUUUGUAAAUUUUGUCAUGGAUAAUGUAUUUUUUUCACAAGGAAAGUACUUUUAUGGGGGCUCCUACUUUUUGACGGGACAUAUCUCAAAAAAUCAGAAAAAAUGCGCUGAUCAAGGAUAUAUAAAUCUUAGCUGCCCAUUUUGGGCUUUUAGGGGUGAAAAUGCCCAAAAACUGGCUCAAUUUCCCUACAAAAGGCGCAGGCAUUCGAAACGAUAAAAAGCUGAGUCGGUCUCUUCCUUCGGAAGAGAGCGGUGUGGCCGAGUGGUUAGUGCCGUAGUCUGGGAAUCAAUAGGGAGGACGCCGCACGGGUUCGAUUUCCCUUUUGGGCUGAAUCAACUUUUUUUGAAGUUGAAGGUCGGAAAAAUAAAUUUUUGGGCCAAGACUGAUUUAUUACGUCUUAGAAACUCAAUAAACAUCAUUUUAAGCCAAAAUAAAAAUUGUAAACCCGUGAAAAAUUAGGCGAAAAGGGGUUCAUAUAGGACUUUAAGUCAACUUCCGAUUGAGUUUUCACCCCUAAAAACCUAAAAUGGGCAGCUAAGAUUUAUAUAUCCUUGAUCAGCACAUUUUUUCUGAUUUUGAGAUAUGUCCCGUCAAAAAGUAGGAGCCCCCAUAAAAGUACUUUCCUUGUCAAAAAAUAAUUUAUUUUAAUAUUUGUAGCUAGUCACCUUCGAAUACGACCAGUUCUACGACUUCAAGGUGGACUUUUACCUCAUCGAACGAUCUCAACACCGAAAACAUAUCCAAGAAUUGCUGUUCAACGAGGAGUUAUGGGAAAGCACUGUACCGGACCUGCAAUUUGUUGGAUUCAGGGGUAAGUUGGGGGUAUUUCAAGGUAAUUUUAUUGAUUUAUAGAAUCUUUAUAGAACAAGGAACAAUUUGAGUGGUAAAUUUGAUGUUGGGUUAGUGAAAAUUUGCUAAAAAAUUGCGGGUUUCUUAUAUUAUACAUCAAAUUUUUUGUUGAGUUUGGAAAAAUUUGUUUGGAGAUGGAUAAGAUAACUUUUUUGAUGGUAGAAUUAUAUAUUGAGUGGUUUAGGACUUCUACGACGACCUCGGCACUUGAUGGGCAAGCCAACGACCACUUCUUGGCUCACGAAAUGCUCACAAAUCCGCUCAUUUGUGGCGGCAUUGGACAGCCGCGUACAAAUGGCCAAAAUCGAAGAAGCAAUCAAACAAUUGGGUCUCCAAAGUGACGUCCACAAAGAGGAAGCUGUCGGUGGGGAUGUGAUUAGCAUUACGGAGUAAGUUUGGAAGAGAUUUGUAAAUUUUUUUGGGUUCAUAUUGAGAUUGGUCAUUUUGAGAUGUUUAAGGGGAAUUUUGAUGAAAAAAGUGGGGGAAUUUUGGGUUGUAGAGAGUGGUUAUAGCAUGAAUGACAAUUUUGGACCUUGUAAGUUGACUGGGGACAUUUUAUACGAUGAAAAAUGGUGUGGGUGACAUGUUAUACGAUGAAUUUUUCUUUGUGUUUUUGUCGAUUUUUUUGUAUAUAAAGUGGAAAGUAAGGUAAUGAAACUUGGUUUAGUUUCCCUAAUGGGCCUUGACAUAAUUGAGAAACAUCAGAAAUUUGAUUUGAGAUUUUUAAAAAUGAAUUUUUUUUUUCAUUUUUAGCUUCUCCAAGCCGAUCAAUUUUGAGGACGCCUACUUCCAGGAUCACAUUCAAAAUGUCAGCCUCAGAAUGCAUCGUCAUGGAAUCUUCCAUAUGGAGAUCUGCAUCAAAGAUCAUCCAGUGGAGACGAAAGAACUGAAGAAGGUAAAAAAUUAUUUUUAUUUUGUAGAGCUUUGAUAAAAAACGAUGAUAUUUUGAUGAUUUCAGAGUGAAGUUUUCCGAUUUUUUGCUGCAAUUCAUCAUGCUACCAUCCCUCCGAACACCAGUUAUCAUGAGAACUUGAAGAGACAUCUGUACGAUCAGCUUACGACCUAUGGGAAAUUGUACAAGGCAACGAGGGAAUUGGCCGCCGUUUAUGAGCUGGAGAUGAAGAAUAAAAUUAAUGUAAGUGCUUAGUGAUGGUCAAGAGGGAUACUGGGGAAUUAUCAGGGUUUUUGGUAGGGAUUGGAAAGAUUUUUUUGGAUGAAAUUGAGAUAUUGGGGGUUCAGAACCUAAAAUAAGGUAAAAAGUUUAAAAUUUGAGGGUAUCGUGGCAAUGUUUGUUUUUGAAGGAGAUUGUGAGGGGGUAUUUUGGGAUUUGGAGGGCGCUUGGAAUGGGUAGGACCGGUUUUUGGGGUAGAAAUUGAGAUAUUUUGAAAUUGUGGGGCUCAGAGCCUAAAAUAAGGUAAAAAAUUUGAAUUUUGCGAUUCUCAUGGCCAUCUUAGUGUUUGAUGAUGAUUAUGAGGGGGUAUUUAGGGAUUUGGGAGGGCUUUUGAAUGAAGAAAAAACGAUCUUUUGAAAAAAAUUAGACUUUUUGAAAUUGGGGGGCUUGGAGCCGAAAAUAAGGUAAAAAAUUUAAAAUUUGAGGGUAUCUUGGCAAUGUUUGUGUUUGAAGAUGCGUUUGAGGGUGUAUUUUAGAAUUUGGAAGGCGGAUGAAAUGGAUAAGACCGAUUUUUCGGUAGAAAUUGAAAUGUUUUGAAAUUGGGGAGCUUAGAACCUAAAAUAAGGUAAAAAGUAUAAAUUUUGUGGAAGUUAAUGUUAGUUCUAGUAUUUGGAGACGAUUAUGAGGGUCUUAUUUUGUUAUUUAGAGGGAGCUUGAAUAAAAAAGAACGAUUUUUUGGGAGAAAUUGAGAUGUUUUGAUAUUGGGGAGCUCAGAACCUAAAAUAAGGUAAAAAACAUAAAUUUUAUGGACGGCAAUGUCAAUACUGGUGUGCGAUGGUGAUUAUAAAGGCUUUAUAUUGUAUUGCACGUGAUAAUUUUUCGUUUUUUAGAUUGUCUUCUACAAUUACUACAAGUUGAUCAUCACAUACUCCAAAGACCGGAAUCUAGCGUUGAUUGCGUCGUGGAAGAUCAACUAUGACCAACUGAUCGCCAAUUUCAUACAAGUGAGCACAACAAAGGACGGAAAAGUUGUUAUCGCGGACCGCUGGAAUCCUCAUGUACUGGUCAGCAGCCUGUUAAUGGAGCGUUUGAAAGAAUCGGAUAGCCUUCCGGAAUUGGUGAAUUAUCUGGUCAAUACGGAGCGAUCCCUCAGCUGCCUCUACUAUUUCUCUCAGGUACACUUGAACUCGAAAAGGGCAACGGAACAGAUUAUUGGAAUCGCGUCAGGACCAACCUCGAUCAAUAUUAAGGUGAGAAGGUUGAUUUUUGAAGUGGGAGAUUUGUUGUUGGACUUUGAAAAGCAUGUGGAGGAGAAUUCGAGUUUAAAAAGUGGAGGGAAUAUCGAAAAAAUGAAGAUUUAUGUUAUCCAUGAGCUAAAAAAAGUGUUGUUGAAAAAGUUUAUUUUUCGACCAAAAAAUCGAUUUGAAUUUGGUCGUUUUGAGGGAAAUAUUGACCUGUAGUUUUUAAUUGGUUUGAAAGUUUUUUGAAAAAAAAAUUAAAAAAUCUGAAAUUUUUUUUAAUUUUUUUCUGUAAGCUUUUGUAUGCCUCUACCGACGCAAAUUUUGACGUGAAAUUUAUCAAAUUUACUUUAGAACAUUCUGAUUCCGGUCACCGAAUACCAAAUUCGUUUGGUCCAUGGAUCGGCACACAUUGAUUUUUACCUCUUGAACAACAACAAAGUCGGAAUCAAAGCCACUCAAAUCAAGUCGGACGACGAAUAUCUGAAGGAAAAGGGCCCCAAACUCCAGAAACUCCCCGGAUUCUCCCAUUUCUGGGGCCAGUUCUGCAUGGAGACGAAGCUGGAAACGAUUGUCUCCAGAGAAGUGCAGGACUACCCCCGAGACCCGGGAAAUCCCUCCAGUGUCCCGCCUCAGGAAACGGAGGACGCCGCCCUCGAUUCACAUCCAAUGUCAUGCCCACCGAAGUACGACGAACGCUUCGAGGAGUUUGUGAAGUACGCGGAGAAGCAGGAACGAGACGACUUGCACAAGGUCUUCAUCAUUGAACCCGAUGUCUUCGAAAAGGCCAUGGGUGUCCCGGAAGACAAGGAGAAACCAUCGUUGAGCAAGAGAAAUGUCAAAACAGAGCCAAUGAGUAAGUUGGGAAGAUUUCUUUGGGUCUUUGAUUUUUUGUUUGUGGAAAAAUUUGGAGUUUUUGGGAUGUCUUGGAUUAUGAUUUUUCGUUUUUUUCUCUUGCUCGGAAAAUUUUUUCGGUAAAAAAGUUGGAAUUUUGGGGAAAAUUUUUGAUUUUUUGGUCGAAAGAGUUGGAAUUUUUGGAAAUUUCUUUUGAUUUUUCGGUCGAAAAGGUUGGAAUUUUGGGGAUUUUUUUUAAUUUUUUGGUCGAUUUUUGAAUUUUUUACUUGAAAAUUUUUUUUGAAAAACUUGAAAAUUUGUGAAUUCAUGAAGAGAAAUGCAUUUUAAUAAUCGAUUUUUGUCAAAUUUCAUAUUGAAAAAAUCGAAAUUUUUGAUUUUUUUUGAACUUUUGUCUAAUUUUCCCUAUUUCCAGUGCCACCCCAAGUCUCCCCGUUCGAGGGCUACCUGAGAGCCGUCAACUAUAUCGCCCGUCUGCCACAGACUCUGGAGGCAUUCGCCCGCAGCCAGAACCCCCUGCAAGCCCUUCCAAUCACGGACUUGAAGCAUGAUGAAUGGUCUGUAACCUUCGAUCUUCAAGGAGUUCAUGCCUCCACGGUGGCCUACCCCGCAUGGACUGUGAAGUUCCGGGUGUUCCUGUGCCCAACCAAGUUUACUGUCAGCAUCAAGAUGGAGUUUUGUGAGUUUUUUGCGGAAUUUUUGGGGGAAUGUUGAUUUUUUUGGGAUUUUUGAAUAAUUUGUGGUUGGGAAUGGAAUUUGAAGAAUGUUUUUGGUUGUAAAAUACGUUGGUUAUAUUGGAAUCUUGAUAUCAGGAUUUUUUUAGUUGAAAAAUUGCAUUAAAACAGCUUUUUUGGCCAAAAGUAUCGAGUAGUGUCAUGUAUAAUAUAGAAAAUUGGUUGGUAAACAAACUUAAUAACUGCUAUGGCCUUUAAUAUAAGAGUAUAUAGCGUUUUAAGACCUUCCAAGCAUUUUUCAACCAUGCUUUUUGAUCUUCUGGACAUUAGAACAGAAUUCCAAAAAUGGCGGGAUUUUUUUCGUUUCAAAAGUUCGAACUGGAUUUUUGGAUAGAAUGGAGAAAGAAGUGUAAUAGUCAUGACUUAUUCUUGGUUUUUCAGCUGGACCCAGUCAAGCCAACGACACGGACAUCAAAGUAUUCGUGAAAUACUUUGAAUCCGUGGUUGUCCCCAUGGACAACGAAUACGCCCUUCAUGCAUUCUUUUGCAUGUGCAGAAUCAAUGUUAGCGGAGUGUUUUCCGCCUUCGCCAGACUGAUGGCUGCGCAAAUGGUAAGGAAUUUGGAAGAAUUUUUUUUGGGUCCAAUUUUUCUAUGUAAUUUGUCGUUUAUUUGUUCCAAAAAAGCAAUUGGAAUCGGUUUUUUUGUGAUUUUACUGCCAAAAAAGGGAUGAAAAAGGAUUUUUUUUUCGGAUUUUUGGACCUUAUUUUGGGGGAGACACACCGCAAGUUCGAAUCCGCAAGUUCGAAUGCCUAAAGUUCGAAUGACUAAAGUUCGAACGACCUCCAGUUCGAACUACUUAAUGUUCGAAUGACCGUAACUUUGAAUAACCUAAAGUUCGAAUGACUAAAGUUCGAAAAUGAAAAAAAAGUUAAUUAAUAUUUAGAUUAUAAUUUGCAUAUAAUUAUUUUGCAAAAUACACUUCCUCUUCAAUCAUUCAUUCAUCCUCUACGAUGGAGGUUGGUUGUCCGAACACUCUGACCGACAACGAACGCGCUGUUCUUCAUGUCGACCUGAUCAAGAUUCGUCAUGGAGCCAAUCCAACUGUGUCUUUCUCGGUUUGGGUUUGUCGAACUGGAUUAGGUUUGUCGAACUGGAGGUCGUUCGAACUUUAGUCAUUCGAACUUUAGGCUUUCGAACUUGCGGAUUCGAACUUGCGGUAGGCGUUCGGAGACCCACCGCAAGUUCGAUUCUUUUUUUUCAUUCUGCAUUUUUUAUAUUUUCAUAUUUCGAACUUCCGGUUUUCGAUCUUUUAGUUUUUCUAAUUUGAGGUUUUUCGAACUUCUAGUAUUCGAACUUGCGGCAUUCGAACUUUUGGUUGUCGAACUUGGGGUUUUUCGAACUUCCGGUAGGCGUUCAUUUUGGGUGAUCUGACCGGAUUCCCCCAAAAAGUUUGAUUUGCACAGUGCAGGAGAGAUUUUGCACUAAAAAUUGGUGUAAAAUCUUAUGCAAAUUUUUUAAUUGAGUUUUUUAUUUUUAUUUUUUUUUGCAAGAAAAGUUGGUAUUCUCAAUUUCUUAGGACCCAAGCAGUCAACUGAACUAUUACUGGAUUGUCCACCUCCAACUGGUCAACAUCCGAAAGAAAGGCCCCAAUGAAAGCUCCUUGCCGGACUUUGUCAGUGGAAUUGUCAUCAAUAAGUCGGAUGUCCUCAUCACUGUAAGUUAUUUUGGAUGUUUUUUUAUGAGUUUAAAGGGUUGGAAAAUUUUUUUUGGGAUAUUUUUGUUAGCUAUAUUGCAAUUAAAAAUUUAGUCUGAAAUUUUGAGAUUUUUAAAAAGAAUAUUGAUUUUUUUUUUGCUUUUUGGAGCAAUCUAGCUCGAUUGUGGUUAGUGGUGUUCGAUACUGCUAUUUUGGAUGAUAUAUGAGGUCAUUUUUGGGAUUAAAAAAGAUUUUUUUCAUUGAAAUUUUUUGGGAUUUUUCGAAAUUUUGACACGAUUUUUGGAGGAAAAAUGACUUUAUUAUAGCGAAUAGUAUCUUGUAUUAUAGCUUUUAUCUAAAAUACGACAUGAUUUUACGACUAUUUUUUCAAAUUUUAUAUUGUUUUAGAUCGGUCUGCGCCCAUCCAAGAAACGAGAAAAGGACCCGUUCAAAGUCAUCAAAAUUGCAUUUGUCUACAAUUUUGACACGUAAGCGGGCUUGUAAUUUCAUUAUUCCAUUUUUACAUUUGAGUUUUUCAUUGAAUUUUACCCGAAUUUUUGCAGUGAAAACAUCCGCUACCAGCCGACCGGCCCCAACGACGAGAACCGCCCCAAAGUCGAAGCCGCCCUCCACAACAUGGCCAUGGAACCCUCGGAGCCGUGCAUCAUCUGGCCCUCCAUCCGACGUCUCAUCGAAAGGUUCCGUUAGAGCUCGGAAACCCACCCGUCGAAACUUGAAAAUUCGCAUAUUUUUUGGGGAAAAUGACGUCAAACGUCGAAAUUUGAUUUUUUGAAACGGGCUCAGGGAUCUUUUUGUCUGUAGAUAAGUUAUAAUUUAGCUAAUCUAACCUCCGAGGAAUAGAAAUUGUAAAUAUCUUUUUUUUGUCUGGGAGAAGUCAUGAAAAUUUGAAUAUUUAGUCGAAAUUUGAUUUCUUUUUUACUUUUUUGUUUAAUUUUGUUAACUAAUAAUUUUUUUAAAAGUAGUAAGGGACUCUAGCUGAUAAAGGAGACCAGAUUUUUGCCGAAAAAAGCCGAUCCAAGUUUGAAAAUUCAAAUUUCCCGCCAUUUUUGGCAUUGUGUUUUAAUGGUGGAUAUGGCUGGGAAAGUUGUCUAGACAAGAAGUAGAAGUGAUUUCAGAGCUCAGAAAGUAAUUUUGAGCUCCAAAUUGACAUAAAUUUUUGGGUUAAAGAAAUAUUUUUUUAUAUUACACAUGAACUUUUAUGAUUUUUUUAAUGCUUUUCGGUAAAAACUGGCAGUAAGGAGGGAUAUUAUGGGAGUUAAUAGUGUUUCAAAUGAUUGGGGACCUAUUUUGUUUCUAGUUUAUAUAAGAAGUAUGUUGGUUUAGAUAAAAUUUGGUUGAAUUUUUAAGUAAAAACUUUAAUUUGCCCCACAUUUUUAGUAGGUUUUAGAAUAAAAAUGAGAAAUUUGAAUUUUGUAAGGGUAGAAGGCAAAAUCGAUGAAAAUGUAAAUAAAAAAUUUCUCCCCAAAUGUCUUGGGAUCCGAGCGCUAAAGGAGCCCGUCUAACCCCUUUCCUUUCUAAUCCCGUCUUCAGAAACGACUUACAACUUGACUGA